AUGUCUGGAGUCACCAAUGAAAAAUGUUAUAGCACUUCCAAAUCCUGGAGAAAUGCGUUCACCAGAAUUUCAACAGUCAUAGCAUUAUAUCCUCACACACGUUUUUACAAAGCUGUCGUAGUUAUUCCACCGGGUAAAUUAACACCAAAAACUUCACGAUAUUUACUUACUUUUGAAGAUGAUGAGAACGCUGAAAGAUAUGUUGACGCACAUUAUGUGUUAGAUAUCAUUAGGGAGAGAUAA